AUGGCGGAAGGAGGGGAAAAUAGCUCAGUUAAUAACAGUUCUAGUGAUGCUGUUCCCGGGCGCAUAGGACAAUUGUUAUGUCAUCCAUGUUCAAGAAAGGAUUUACAAACAACGGCUGAUGUGUUUUGUUCAGAGUGUGACGAAUUUCAGUGCAAUGAAUGCUCAAAGGCACACACAGUUUAUGCCUUCAUGAAAAAUCACAAAUUAGUGAAUGCAACUAAAGUGAAAUCGAAACCAACUUCUUUUGAUAUGAAAGGAAUGGACAUUUGUGAGAAGCACGGAAAAUUAUUGGAGUUUUUUUGUGAAGACGAGAACCAGCUCUGCUGCAGCACAUGUGCUAUAUUAAAUCACAGGAGUUGCCGUAGCGUCGUAGAAGUACCGUCGAUUGCCGGAAAAUCACGAACACCUGGUUCCCUUUUAAAGAGGCAAUUAGAGGAAGCACAAUCAAUUGGAAGGAAGAUCGUUAAUCAGAUAGAGUCAUCGAAAGAACAACUCAGUCUUGAUAUCAAAGCAAUAUUUUCGGAAAUAAAAAGAAUGCGAAAUGAUAUGAACAAACUAUUCGACGACCUAGAAGUUUACGUUACCAGGGAAACUGAUGUGUUUCAGGCUGAAGUAAUGAAUAAACUGACAAAUAAACAAUUCAACUGUGAGAAAAAUAUUGCGGAUAUAACAAAGUCACUUGAAGUUGUUGACACAGCUUUGCAGAAUGGGACGCCAUCACAGCAAUUUAUAGUUUCACAGAAAAUGAAAAAACAGGCCGAUGAACUUCACAGGGACGUUGACAAUGAUUAUCAUAAUUUAGAGAUUGCUACCGUUUCCUUUGAAUUUGAUGAAACAAUAAUCCUGCCACCAUUACCUAUUUCUGAUUACGUUCCAGGAAAGCUAACAUUAAAUUAUGCCCUGCCUAAAACAAAGAAAUCUGUCGCACCUGUAGACCCGAUUGUUAAAUUAACGAAGAUUAUUUCCAUUGAUCUGAAACAGACUGGAGAUGAUGUCGAAGAACCGAUAUACAAGGGCCUGGAUUUCCUGCCGGAUGGUAGACUGGUUGCCGUGGAUUAUAACAACAAGAAAUGUUUAAUUUACAAUGAGAAGCUUGAGAAAGUAGGAUCGUUUCAGUUAUCGUAUUUACCACGGAGUGUUGCUACUGUAUCUGAGGACGAAGUGGCGAUAACAAGUGGUGGCAAAUACCAGAUAGACUUUCUACGUGUCAGUAAAUCUAAUGAUAUAACUUUUAUCAGGGCAUGCAAAGUUUCGACAAAAUAUGAAUCUAUUUGUCUGAAAGAUGAGGAACACUUUGCUAUUGGAACUAUCGAUGAUGCAAGACUAGUUCGUAUUGUAUCUCUGUUAGGGGAAGAGAAAGAUUUCAGUAUCAACUUUCCCAAUAAGGAUUGCUCUUUACCUGCUUUUAUGUGCAGCUAUAUAAUGAAUACUGAUAAGUUGAUACUAACCGAUAGGCACGAGCAUACUGUUUAUAUAUAUGACAUCGCGGCAAACACCAAAGUUGUUGUCAAGGACAACAAGAUCAAGGAACCACUUGAUGUAGCAGUAGGUCCAUCCGACUGUAUCCUGGUUUGCAGUAAUGAAACACAUUCCAUUGUACAGAUCUCAUCAACAGGUCAGGUCCUAUCAUCGUACAAGUUAGAUUUGUAUUAUCCAUACAGAGUUUGUAUUUCUAAAGAUAAAUCUAUUAUUGCUGUUACAAAUAAAUGUAUCAGCAGAAAAAAGUUACAAUUGUUUAAAGUUACAUGUGCAGAGUGA